AUGGCGAAUUCAAUUCAAAGAAAGAUUGCGCUCAUGGGCUACCCGUGUGUUGGUAAGUUGUGUGAUAUUAGAUGUAAACGAAUUUCUGAAUGGAAUAAACUUUCAGGUAAGUCAUCAAUAACGUUAAGAUUUGUGUAUGGAAGCUUUCCGGAUGCGUAUGAUACCACAAUUGAGGACAUCCAUACAAAACAGCAUCGUUUCAAUGGGAAAGAGUUUACGCUGCAAAUUACGGAUACCGCUGGACAGCAAGAAUAUUCACUAUUCCCACGUAGCUGUUCGUUGGAUAUCGAUGGAUAUAUUCUUGUUUAUGCUAUUGAUGAUCGCAAAUCUUUCGAGAUAAUACAAACAAUUCAUGACAAAAUAUUGGAGAACUACGGCGAUAAAGAUGCUCCACUUGUGGUUGUUGGUAAUAAAGUAGAUUUACAACAUAAUUCUCGUCAAGUAUCGAUGGAAGAAGGGCAAAAGUUGGCUGCUUCGUGGAAUGCUGCUUUUCUUGAGACAUCCGCGAAAGACAAUACGGCAGUUCAACAGAUAUUCGAUCGUCUGUUGAGAGAAAUCGAAAUAGCGAACGGUAACAUGAAACGUCAACAGAACGGUUGUGUUAUUUCAUGA